GAAGUGUAGUGUUGACAAGCGUCGCUUUGAGAUCAAUGUAACUGUAAUCAUAUUUUCUCCGAUGAUCAAAAAUACGUUUCGCGCUUCUAUGAUUUUCCUUUUACAUUCUCUGCCUACUUUUAACAAGCGUGAGGAAAAACUUAAGUAAAGACACGGCGAACACAGAUGAUUUUGUGCAGUGUCAUAUCAAAAUGAUCAAUAAUUUAUAACAAAAACCAGUCGGAUGAGAAAUGUGGAUUGUUUAUUCUUUCAGUCUGUCUUUGAAUACAAGGAUUUUUUGAAUAAAUAAGAGUUAAUAGGUUUAAUGUGAAUAUCAGAAAGUGAUUCAGCCAAUGUCGAGAACAAGCGUCGCUCUGGAGGAUGAGGAGAAGCAGCAGAGAUGCCCUGCUGAUGCCGGUCCACCCGAUUUCAUCCCAGACACCCCACACUUCUUACCCGAGAGAUUGAAUUUGGAAGCAUCCGUCAGCGCUAUGGAGACAAGCCCCUCCCCUUCCAGCAACGGAACCAACCUCCUGUCGUUGCCGUGGGAGAUAGUUACCCAGAUAGCCUCACAUCUCCCAGCACAGUGUGUCAUCAGUGUGCUGCCACAGGUAUGUCAGACCCUGGGAAAGCUUGGCGAGGAUCGCUUGGCGUGGCAGCUUCGGGCUCAAAAACUCUCGGGCCCCGCAGCAUCUUUCCCAGCCGGGCCGAAGGAGGAUUUCGACUGGUCCAAGGCAUGUUUGGAAAUGGAGCAGCUGAUUGGCUGCUGGACGGGGCACGAGAAUCAUGCGGAGACACAGGACGAGGCAGCUGUCGGGGUGAACAGCGAAAACUUGGUGGAGAUGCAGCUGGAUGUCGAGGUAAACGCUGCAGCGCGGGCCGGAGAAGACGACGUACGAGUUCAGUCCCAGAGUGCCUCUGACGGUCCCCAUCUGACCGAGUCAUCCGGCACUUCUUCACCCCUGGAGCACAUCGUCCUUCCCUCCGGCCACAUUGCAGAUGUGAAUUGCGUCCUCCUGUUGGGCGGAGAAGAGGCGCUGUGUGCCUCCGGCUCGAGGGACCGAAACGUGAACCUGUGGGACCUCCGAGAGGGCCCCAGAGGCAAGCUGAUGCACACUCUUGCGGGGCGCGGGACCAUUAGCACCCACCGGGGCUGGGUGUGGUGCCUGGCGUCCAGCGGACCUCUGCUGGCGUCUGGCUCGUUUGACAGCACCGUCAGGCUCUGGGAUCUGGAAGCCGGAGGAGCAGAGCGGGGACUCAUCCAGUGCAAAGCUGCUGUAUUGUGUCUGUCCUGCGAGAGGGACACGGUGCUGGCUGGGUCACAUGACCAGAAAUUAAGCAUCUUUGACACCCGAGCCGCAGACCCAUUGGUCAAGAGUCUCCGUCUUCACGGUGAUGCUGUGUUGUGCCUGGCGUCUGAUGACCAGUACAUCCUGUCCGGCAGUAAAGACCAUACCGUGGCUCUGUUCGACCGCAGGGCGGGAAAACUCCUGCAGAAAGUCCAGCUGAGCUCGUACCUGCUGUCUCUGUCCUGCAGCGGCCGGGAGGUGUGGGCCGGGGAUAACCGUGGACUCGUGCACACCUUCUCCCUGCACGGCAGCUCCCUGGCGCCCGUGUCCCAGUUCAACAUCCACCGCUCACUGGUCACCGGCGUUCACUACUCUACUGGAGCUCUCUACACGUGCUCCUCCGACCGCACCAUCAAGGUCCACCUUCCGUGUGCUCCACCCAAGACCCUGUGUACCCUUCACCAUCAGGCAGGAGUUAACGGGUUAAGUGUUGAAGGAGGAACGCUGGCCAUCGCCUCCGGUGACAUGAACGUGGAAGUCUGGAGGCCCGAGAUGCUGAGGGUCUGAAAACGUCUGAAAGUUUCAUUGAGUCUAGAAACAAAAAUAUCACAUUCCUAGUUUUCCGUCUU